AUGAACACUUCCAGCGCUUAUUUGGAGCUUGAUGAAUCUCAAUUGCUUACUGAUUAUGCCGAAUUUUAUGCCGACGUGUUUCAGGAGCUCGAGUCGCGCUGGGGCCUCGUUCAAGUACUGCGAACAUGUAGAAAUCUGUCGAGUCAUCUGCGUGGUACGGUGCUUGUUGAAUUUGCCAACCCAUUGGAUGUUUGUAAAGCCUCAAGGGGUCUGCAUGGUCGUUGGUACGCUGGUCGGCGUCUGGAAACCAGGGUUGCUCGGCUCUGGGGUGGUUGGCGAGAGGCGAUUUGUGGUACAUCAAUUGUUUUACCUUCCUACUUUAUCUACUCCUUAAUCCUGUCUUUCAUUGAUUCUUAG